CAAAGUCAUGUCAGCAAAACAAACGAGCAGUUGCCUCUGGUUGGGCUUGGUCCUGGUCGCAGUGCUUCUGCAGCCUUCCGAGUGCCAGUACUACGGAUAUCCCUACGGGUACGGAGGGGCCAGUGCGGCGGCGGGAUCGGGCUAUGGAAACAUCUACGGCAGCGGCAUGUACGGAUACCCCUACAGCUACGGCGGAUAUCCGUACUACUCGUACCCCGGCUACAACCCCUACUCCAUGUUCGGCGGAGGAGGGUAUGGACAGUACGGGUACCCCUAUGGCGGAUAUCCCUACGGGGGCAACGGCAUGAACGUGGCCUACGCCAGCAGCAGUGGAGGAUUCGCCACGGCCAGUGCGGGCGGGAACGGGUACUACGGCUGA